AUGAUUGAAAGGGAAAAGAAAAAAAAAGGGCCCGAAAUGGUCUGAUGCUUCGGUCGAAAUACGGUCAUUCAAUCACCGCCAUUUUCCGGUGGUUUUUUUCUAAUCCUUUCUUCCUCCUCUUUUGAUCCUUCCCCGUUUCUCCAUCUUCGAUCCUCUGCCACCCCCCACUUUCCUCCCUUCGGAUUCAAGGCCUUCAUUCAACAUGGCUACCACAAACGAGUUCCCCGCGAGCGACGUCAACAGCUACGACUAUGUCAUCGUCGGCGGUGGCACGGCCGGCUGUGUCAUUGCCGGUCGGUUGGCGCAAUACUUGCCCAACAAGCGCAUCCUGGUCAUCGAGGGUGGCCCCAGUGACUUUAUGGAUGAUCGCGUCCUCAACCUCAGGGAGUGGCUCAACCUACUCGGAGGCGAGUUGGACUACGAUUAUCCCACCGUCGAGCAACCUAUGGGCAACAGCCAUAUCCGUCACUCGCGUGCCAAAGUCCUCGGUGGCUGCUCCAGCCACAACACCCUCAUUUCCUUCCGUCCUUUCGAAUAUGACUGCAAGAGGUGGGAGCAACAGGGUUGCAAGGGCUGGUCCUUUGGGACCUUCACCCGCCUCUUGGACAACCUGCGCAACACCGUCCAGCCCGUGCAUGAACGCCACCGUAACCAGCUGUGCAAGGAUUGGAUCCAGUCUUGCUCGUCCGCCAUGAACAUUCCCAUCAUCCCGGAUUUCAACCAGGUCAUUCGCUCCGAGGGAGAGCUGACCGAGGGCGUUGGUUUCUUCAACGUGUCCUACAACCCGGACGAUGGCCGCCGAAGCAGCGCCAGCGUCGCCUACAUCCAUCCCAUCCUGCGCGGUGAGGAACGCCGGCCGAACCUGACCAUCCUCACCAAUGCCUGGGUGUCGCGUGUGAACGUGGACGGCGAUACCGUGACGGGCGUCGACGUGACCUUGCAGUCGGGUGCGAAGCACACCCUGCGGGCCAAGAAGGAGACCAUCCUCUGUGCGGGUGCCGUGGAUACCCCGCGACUGAUGCUUCUGUCCGGCCUGGGCCCGAAGGAUCAACUGACGUCGGUGGGUAUCCCGGUGGUCAAGGAUCUUCCCGGAGUCGGCGAAAACCUGCUCGAUCACCCGGAGACCAUCAUCAUCUGGGAGCUCAACCGCCCGGUUCCCCCCAACCAGACCACCAUGGACUCCGACGCCGGCAUCUUCCUGCGCCGGGAGGCUCCCAACGCCGCCGGCGAUGAUGGACGCGCCGCCGAUGUCAUGAUGCACUGCUAUCAGAUCCCCUUCUGCCUCAACACCGAGCGCCUGGGAUACGACACUCCCGUGGACGCCUUCUGCAUGACCCCCAACAUCCCCCGCCCCCGCUCGCGCGGUCGCGUCUACCUGACCUCCGCGGACCCCACGGUGAAACCCGCGCUGGACUUCCGCUACUUCACCGACCCCGAAGGCUACGAUGCUGCCACCAUCGUCACCGGGUUCAAGGCCGCCCGUGAGAUCGCCAAGCAGUCGCCAUUCAAGGACUGGAUCAAGCGGGAGGUCGCCCCGGGCCCCAAGAUCCAGACCGACGAGGAGCUGUCCGAGUAUGGCCGCCGCGCCGCCCACACGGUCUACCACCCGGCCGGUACCACCAAGAUGGGUGACGUGACCAGCGAUCCCCUGGCCGUGGUCGACGCACAGCUGAAGGUCCGGGGUCUGAAGAACGUUCGCAUCGCCGACGCCGGCGUCUUCCCCGAGAUGCCCAGUAUCAACCCCAUGUUGACCGUGCUGGCCGUCGGUGAGCGGGCAGCCGAGUUGAUCGCGGAAGAGGCAGGCUGGAAGCGCGAGCAGCCUCGUCUGUAAAAACCAACAAAAAACCAUAACACAAAAGAAAAGAAAAGAAGAAAAAAAGAC